GCCCCUCCUGGGGGGAAACCGCAGAUCCCUUCUUGUUGCUGAUUGUUGAGCGUCUCGGCCGCAUGGAGGUGGGGUCAAUCCGCGGAAUGAACAGAAGUUUGCAGGCAAAAUGGACAGAGAUGUUUCUAUCGCCGAGGGUCAGCUCAGCGGAAGCCCCGGAGCUUUUGGCCUUCAUUCAGCCGCCACCUGUUGGUCUCCGGACGCGGACAGGCGAUGCGUCCCCGCUGCUCUCACCUUGUUCUCUGCCGUCUCCCUGCUGCUGGCCACUCUGCUGAUCCUGUGUCAGAGAUGUACAAUAAAAGGGGAAAACUCAGGAGAAAGCAUCGUGGUCCUCUACAGCUUUCUGGGCAACCUGUGCAGCACCGUGGGAGCGGUUCUGUCCAGGCAGCUGCACAUACAGAUCUUUAUGGGGGCUUUCGCUGCUUCCAUGGAUGCUCUGCGCUGCAUCCUGUGCUGCCUUCCACUGCUCCUGUGCUGGAACUCCCAAACACAGCGCAGGCUGAGGUCGAUCAAAAAGCGCAGGAGACAGCAUCUUCUGGCCGUAGGCGUGCUGAUGGUGGUAGCAGGAGGGUUUCUCAAGUCCAGAGUGGAGGAACCUACGGCGCUCAGGCCGGUCAGCGGCAGGAAGCUGCUGCACGGCUCCAUGCAAGUCUCCAGCUGGAGCCCCACGAUGGACAACAAAGAAAUCCUUGGUUACAUCCUGGGUGUGCUGGCUUGUGUCAUUGCCUGGACCUCCAGGUUCCCUGUCCUCUGCAGAGCCAGGAGAGGACAGAACCUGACCCAGAUAUACAUUUUCUCCGAAUUUCUUUGCUCUAUAUCUGGGGCCCUCUACACUGCCGCCAUCCUACUUUAUGACGUCCAGUUAGUAUUUCUGAUCAGAGUCAUGCCUUGGCUGCUGUCAUCGAUUGGUUGUGUCAUCCUGGAUCUGCUUAUUUUAGUCAUGCACCAGUGCAAGACAGGAACCACGCAGAAGACGAUGAAACUACCACCAGACACCCAGAGACUUUUAGGGAUGCAUGCUGACCAUACUGCUGUCAUGAAGCAGCAGAAAAAGCAGCAAAAACCUAACUCAGCACAAACUAAAACAAAUGAUGUUCAGAAGCUGACUGAGAUGGGCCAAUAUAUGGACGUCAGUGGCCAACAAACGAAGCUGUUUUCCCUUAAAAAAGUGAGAUUGGCUAAAGACGGAUCGGACAGUGGACCUCCUCACAGGAUGGUCCGGCUGGUCAGAGUUGACAACCUUUGCUCCUCUGAUACGUCCUAUAACUCUUCGUCAGACUGCACUGAUCUGGAGUGGGACUUUGAAGCUGCAAUUGCACAGUGGAGUAAGCCACCAGUGAAACCACAGGAGGGGGACAACUUCCCCCUCCAAGACUGGCCAACAAAUCCGAAGCCCUUCAGCGUCUGCAUUUGCUCCAUGGCUGACCUACCUCAGAAGAGUCCGUGUUCUGCCAACGAGUGAGCUGCUCUAUAAUGCAGUUUUCCACGAAUAAAAGCAAAAUAAAAUA